AUGGAGAGCGCCGAUCUGGAACGAAGUUAUUCCCUGGAACAGCAAGGCUUGGGUCCUGGACACGAAGCGAUUGCCUCGCCGGUCGCGCUCGUACGGAGUUUCACAUCGAAAAGUCGAUCUAGUUCGCGGAGUCGCCAGAGCUCGAGAAAUCGCACCCGGAUCGAGAGCUCGCGUGCCACGCGAUUGAGAGAACUUGAAAAAGACGUCCAAGACUGUUCUGAAGCGGAGAAGAAUAGUGCCGAUCCGAUUGAAAAGGCUGUGUCGCGGACGCCGUCGACACUGACGUCGCAUAAUGGGACAAAUGUACCUUCUGAGGCGUCGAGCGGGCAGGACGAACAUGUUCGUGGACAACGCGUGAUUCGGUGGUAA